AUGUCCGCCAAAUCUAUCUUCGAGGCCGACGGCAAGGCCAUCCUCAACUACCACCUCACCCGUGCCCCCGUCAUCAAGCCGACUCCUCUCCCCGCCGCCGCUACCCACAACCCUCCCCCCAAGCUGGCCUCUCUGUUCUUCCCCGAGGGCGACGAUGUCAGCGGUGUGCUCGACCAGGCCGAGGCCACCUACCCAUGGCUACUGGCCAAAGACGCCAAGUUCGUCGCCAAGCCAGAUCAAUUGAUCAAGCGACGAGGCAAGAGCGGCCUCCUCGCCCUCAACAAGUCCUGGAGCGAUGCCCGCGCCUGGAUCGAAGCCCGCGCCGGCAAGGAAAUCCAGGUUGAGACUGUCCAGGGUGUCUUGAGACACUUUUUGGUCGAGCCCUUUGUGCCCCAUCCCCAGGAAACUGAGUACUACAUCAACAUCAACUCCGUCCGCGAGGGUGACUGGAUUCUGUUCACCCACGAGGGUGGUGUUGACGUCGGUGAUGUUGACGCCAAGGCUGAGAAACUGCUGGUCCCUGUCAACCUCAAGAACUUCCCCUCCAACGAUGAGAUCGCCAGCGCUCUGUUGAAGAAGGUCCCCAAGGGCGUCCACAAUGUCUUGAUUGACUUCAUCUCUCGCCUAUACGCCGUCUACGUCGACAGCCAGUUCACCUACCUGGAAAUCAACCCCCUCGUCGUCAUUCCUAACGCCGAUGCCACUUCUGCUGAAGUCCACUUCCUCGAUUUGGCCGCUAAGCUCGACCAGACCGCCGAGUUCGAGUGUGGAACCAAGUGGGCGAUCGCCCGCAGCCCGGCUGCUCUGGGUCUGCCUGCCCCCAAGGGUGAUGGCAGAGUGAACAUCGAUGCUGGUCCCCCAAUGGAUUUCCCCGCUCCUUUCGGCCGAGAACUCAGCAAGGAAGAGAAGUUCAUCGCCGACAUGGACGCCAAGACCGGUGCCUCGUUGAAGUUGACUGUCCUCAACUCGCAAGGCCGUAUCUGGACUCUGGUUGCCGGUGGUGGUGCCUCGGUCGUCUACGCCGAUGCUAUCGCCUCGGCCGGCUAUGUCAGUGAGCUUGCCAACUACGGUGAAUACUCUGGUGCGCCCACUGAGACCCAAACCUUUAACUACACCCGCACUGUGCUCGACUUGAUGCUGCGCGCCCCUCAACACCCCGAGGGCAAGGUUCUUUUCAUUGGUGGUGGUAUUGCCAACUUCACCAACGUCGCCAGCACAUUCAAGGGUGUCAUCCGCGCUCUCCGCGAGGUUGCCUCGACUCUGAACGAGCACAAGGUCCAGAUCUGGGUGCGCCGUGCCGGUCCUAACUACCAGGAGGGUCUGAAGAACAUCAAGGGUGUCGGCGAGGAAUUGGGUCUCGACAUUCACGUCUACGGUCCUGACAUGCACGUCAGUGGUAUCGUUCCUCUUGCCCUCAGCGGUAAGAAGACCGACAUCAAGGAAUUUGGCACCGCAUAG